AUGGCUGAUGAAGCAGUUUGUGUCGGAGCAGCACCGACCAGUGAGUCGUAUCUUCGAGCCGACAGAAUUCUAGAAGCUGUUAAACAGACUGGAGCACAAGCAGUUCACCCUGGCUAUGGUUUCCUUUCGGAGAAUACGAAAUUUGCUGCUGAACUCGAACAGGCCGGAGCAGUUUUCAUCGGUCCAAACUCUAAAGCAAUACUCGAUAUGGGUGACAAAAUUCACUCGAAGAAGAUUGCUACAGAAGCCAAGGUCUUA